UCGCCUCUCUCUGUUUGCCGGGCCCGGCCAGAGCCGGCUGGGGACGCACCGGUCGCUGAAGGGAACCCUGCGGGGCAGUCCCUGGGAGCUCCGGGGAGCCGAGAGGGGCCUGGCCGGGCCGGGAAGGGAGGACACUACUGCCGCUUCCACCAUCCACUGUAUUGUGUUAAGUGCCGAGGAUAUAAGAAAGGCAAAAAUUUGGUUCCUGCCCUCAAAAGGUUCACAUUCUAAUGGGGAAGGCAAUAUGCUGUACCUAUGUACGUGCAAGAUAAUCUCAGAAGGAAGGCCCUAGCCGUAAGAGAGAAAAACUGGGAAAGGCCUCCAACAGAAGAUGAGGAAAAUGAGGCUCAGGGAGAUGAAGUGUCUCGUCCAUGGUCACACGACAUUGUAAGGACCAGAGGCAGGAUUGGAAUCCAAGUCCCCGUUUCCAAGACACUUCAGUUCUCUCCUUGGCCUCUACACUCUCCCAGCCCCCAUGCCGUGGGUGCCCCGUGGCUCCUUUUGUGACACCAGCCCCCAGCCAUGCCCUGGGAUGUCAAGCGACAGGGUGGUGGCCUUGACAGGCCAUCCCAGUCUCGGGCCCAGAAGCAAUGCAAAAAAUCAUCCUUUGCUUUCUACCAGGCAGUGAGGGACUUAUUGCCUGUGUGGUUCCUGGAGGACAUGCGGGCCACUGAAGCCUUCCAUUGGGAGGAAGGUGGACGAGCCAGCACCUACUCACCCUCCGAGGCCCUGCUGUACGCCCUGGUACAUGACCACCAACCCUAUGCCCACUACCUAUUGGCCAAGUUCCCCCGUGGGGCGUUGGCCGUACCUAGCCGCAAUUUCAGUUGCUGUCAGUCUUCGUCACCACACCUGGCCUUGGCUGUCCGAUACAACCGCGUACACAUCCUACGUGGCAUCUUACGGACCAUCCGUGACUUCCCGGAUGAGGAACGUGCCCACUACCUGGACCGCCGGGGCUGUAGCCGUGUGGAAGAAGGCAAGACCUCUCUGCAUGUUGCCUGUGAGCUGGCCCGACCUGAGUGCCUCUUUUUACUGCUGGGCCAUGGUGCUUCCCCCGGGCUGUGCGAUGGUGCUGGCAAUACUCCCUUGGACCUGCUGCUCCGGCGGGUCGGGCAGGAUGCCACAGCCACAGCCACAGCUCCCACAGCUGGUGACCCCCUGGCCCUGCUCGACUUGCUCUUCCUCUACAUGCCCCCGGGUUCCGCAUCUCCCAUGCAGAGGGAGCUGCUGGGUGACCGGGUCCGCUGGCAACGCCUUCUCGGGGAGGACAAGUUCCAGUGGCUCGCUGGCCUGGCGCCCCCAUCCCUCUUUGCCCGGGCCAUGCAGGCCCUCGUGAGGUCCAUCUCACCCCAGCGCUUCCCUGAAGCCCUGGAUGAACUGCCUCUCCCACCAUUCCUCCAACCCUUGGACUUAAAGUUGAAAAGUUAGGGGCUAGAGUGGACAGAUGCCCAUCAUCGUAGCUGCUACCGGAGUGUUGCAAUGGACUUCUGUGUGUAUGAGUCUGAGUGAGUGUGUGCGUGUGUGUGUGUACAUGUGCGUGUGCAUGAGUGCACGCCCACGUGUUGGGUGCAUGUGUGCAAUGGGAAUGCAUGUGACAACCUUCUGCUGGAGGCAGGUACUAAGCACUUGUUUUAUGAAAACUAUUUUUCAGAGUUGUCUCUAGCACUUUACAUACAUAUGGAGAUCUAUAUCUACAUCUAUAAUGCACUCUAUAUUUUGUUUAAAAAAACCAAACAAACAGCUGACAAGUCAUCACUGGGGCUUUAGUGGGGAUUCACACCAGCGGUUAGGGGACUGAAAUGUAGCUGAGGCUAUAAGUCUGCUGCUGUAGGAGGGAGCCAAUAAACACUGGGAGUCUAUGUCA